UUGUUUUUUCGUUUUUGAAUGAGCAGUGUUCAGUGUGACGCGAACCGCGGCCUGGCCAUCACCGUGCGAGUAACAGUCAUCGAUGACUCCGUAGUCUAAUUCGUCUCGACCGGGACACGCGGCCGAGAUCGGCACGUAUACUCACAAGUCACAACUCGUCGAGUGAUUGAUUCGCAUAAAAAUACAAUAUAAAUUAUCGUACUCGUCUGUCAUAAUUGUGACAAUUAUAUUUACCGCCGAAGUUCUCUCGCGAACGAGUGCUAUAUUAUAUAUAUACGCGCCUGUAUAUAUCGCGUGUAUACGACUGAAAUGUGUUAGCGGCCGCGAAUGCGACCUUUUUGAGAUGAUCGUACGUAUGAAAUCUCGGAGAUGACGACCGACAGAAUUCCCAUAUGGCUUUACGACAAAAAACUUUGGAUCAACGACGCGGACCGGCGUACUACGUGCGCCGAUGUGGCGACCACGUUGACGGGCCGCGGCAGUGACUACGCGGUGGCCGUCGACGGUGCGCACACAGCCACCAUGGUGGCAGACCCCGGCGUCAGGGUGCUGAAGAUCUGGCAGAGCUUGCGGCCGGACCAAAAGCUGUGCUUGCGAAAAGUGAGUGGUAAUGGAUACCAACACAAACACCGUGGCAGCAACACCGUUGACAGCGUUGCCGGAGACGACGACGACGCGACAUCCGAGAUGAGCGGUUACCGCGGCGCUCACAGGAAGCGCCGCCGGGAGGUGGUGGUCAAGUACGCCUCGCGGACGGUGCACCCCAAGCGGCUGAGCAACACGCAAGCGGCCGAGGAGCUACUGAAACUCAUACUGAAGCAGAGCGAUACGAUCCGUGCGCAGCUGAUAAAGUUGCAGGAUCGCGACAAGAAGAUCGAGAAGAUCGAAACGGAAACGCACAGGAACCGGGCGGACGAGCUGGGAUCGAAUUACCUGUUAGACGCGUACCUGGGCGGUAGCGGAUGCGGCGACGACAAGGAGGAAAAAGACAGCGGCAUCACCGAGGGCGCCAGCGUGGAGAACGACGACCGCGAUGACGAAAAUGACGACGACAGGGGUUGUGAUGUCAGGGGAAAAGGAGUCGUCGGUGAGAUCACAGAUUCGAGCAGUCCGUCGUCAUCGUCCGCGCAAGAAGCCAUUGCCUACCUGGAAAGGAUCGUUAAGAUCAACAAGAAGUUGUACGAAUACGAGGAACGGCUGAUCCGGUUGUACGUGAAUGUAGAACGAUGUAGGGACCAAGAGCAACUGCUGGAUGAACUGAAACGGGUCGAAAUGGAAUUGGCCGACACCGAACGGAUGUACCGAGAAAACACCCUACUGAUACGCGAUACAGACACCGAACUGCGUGCCAGGCUGGGCUACAUAGAACAGUUGCAGUACGAGGCGGCCAUCGUGGACAGUGAGAACGAAUACCUGAUGGGAUCCAUCGAGCUUUUGCAAACGCAGCAUCAAAACCCGCAGAACCAGGUCGAAAUCCACCAACCCCACCACCAUGCGACCGGUUGUCGGAUUUUAGACACGUUGGUCUAGACCGGAUGAAUACAUCCGGGUGCUGUCGGGCUGUAUGCUUCCCCCAAUGUUGAAAUGUCUUUCUUUUUCUUUUUUUGUUUACUUCGUACAUUGCAAACAGUAUGUUAUUAUUACUUAGUAUUUAAAUUCAA